AUGGCGCUGAGGAGGAGUACUGAGGCUGCAGAGCGGACGUCCCUCGAAACGGCCGUGCCGACAAGGGAACUGGAUCCACCGCCGACUUAUGAUAGUGUCUGGAGUGAAAGGCCAGACAAUCAACCGGGAGAAAGGAUUGUAGGUCAUGUUGCGCAGAGUGGCCCCCUUCCGGUGGUAAAGGAUGCUGUCGCUGCUGGAAGUCACCAAGGAUCCGACCAUGUCGCGCUAUCAGGUGCGAGCGCAGUCCAUCAUGCUCCCGUUCGAAGUCGUGAGCCGGCCAGCAGCGACACGCCUCCAUCAAGGAUAGACGUGACGGAGUCGAGACCCGACGAAGGCCGGAACGAUGAUCUGGAGGAGGACUCGGACUAUGAGUCGAGAAUCUCGACGCCGAGGACGUUAACGCCACCGCCGACUGUGCCGCCAACGCUGGCUGAUGGGGAUGAGGAUGAGGAGAGGAGGCGAUGGGCUCGGGGUGAGGAUGUUGGGGCGAGGAGGUGA